CACAACUCUUAUAUCUGAUAACAUAAAUCCAGCCACCAUCGAUUGUUCUUCUGCAGUGACGCCAUUGCCGCUGCCACUAUCAUCACCACUUUCACUCACUGCCCACUCCAUCCUCAUUAUCCCUACAAAUCCAUUCCCACUACAUCUUUUCACCUCAUCUUCGCAACUCUGUAUCACGAACACUAGCAACCUACCGCAACAAACAAUGGCUCUCCCUUUCGCACCACCCCCCAAAAGUCCUCUGGGGCGCUACCGACUUUUGUCACCAACUGCAUCGGUUUGGGUGUCCCCUAUUUGCCUUGGUACCAUGAACUUUGGAAAUGCUUGGAAAGAGUGGAUGGGAGAAUGCGACCAGUCCACGUCGGAGUCAAUUUUGGAUUUCUUCUAUGAACAGGGCGGAAACUUUAUUGACUCUGCAAACAAUUACCAAUUCCAGGAAACCGAGAAAUGGGUGGGAGAAUGGAUGAGGAAACGCGGUAACCGUGAUGAAAUCGUUGUUGCUACCAAAUACACCACCAACUUUCGAGCCGGACCUGGUGCUCCUAAUAUCAUGGUGAACUUCACUGGCAACGGAACGAAAAGUCUGAGGGCUUCAGUUGAGGCCAGCCUUAAGAACCUGCAGACCGAUUACAUUGAUCUUCUCUAUGUUCACUGGUAUGACGGCAACACCUCUAUUCCAGAGCUGAUGCAAUCUCUCAACCAACUCGUACUCUCUGGAAAGGUCCUCCACUUGGGCGUCAGCGACACUCCUGCUUGGAUCGUGAGCAAGGCCAACGAGUAUGCUCGCUGCAAUGGACUCCGCCAAUUCUCCGUUUACCAAGGUCGUUGGUCUGCGGCCUCGCGUGACUUCGAGCGAGACAUCAUCCCCAUGUGCCAAGCUGAGGGCAUGGGAAUUGCCCCAUGGGGAUCUCUUGGAGGCGGAAAAUUCAAGACCGAAGAACAGCGCAAUGCGCGGGAAGGACGCAGAGUGGAGGCCAGCGAGAAAGAGAUCAGAACCAGUAAAGUGCUGGAGUCGAUCGCUAACCGUAAGAACACACUCAUCACCAGCAUUGCACUGGCAUAUGUCAUGCACAAGACAAGUUAUGUAUUCCCCAUCAUCGGUGGUCGAAAGGUGGAUCACCUCAAAGCCAACAUUCAGGCUCUCACCCUGCAUCUCUCCCCUGAGGAUAUUCAAGAGAUCGAUGGGGCUAAUGAAUUUGAUGCGGGCUUUCCUAACGAUUUCCUGUAUCGUGGGGGCAACUCUAUUGGAGGUCCCGACGUUUGGCUGCUCCAGAUGGGCGGCACGUUUGACCAUAUCCAACCACCAAAGCCCAUCUCACCGGCUGCACGAGGGGAAUAGGGCGUCCGCCUCAAAGCGAACUUUUGGCGAUGGUUACCAGCUCGGUCUCGAUCGGACUGGAUGGAAUUGGACUGGAAAAAAAGAAUUGGUGCUGCAGUGAUGCCUUCUUAUCGAUGGUGAACCAGACGGGAUUGCUUGUUUGGUAGAUUGGGACGAGAGCGAGCACACGGGUUCAGAAUAAGGGGUUAUUGUGGAUAUCACCAGCACAGAAAAACAAAGAAUAAAUUCGCUUUGCAAAUUCCAG